AUGUCUGGACGCCAUGCAUCACGAUCGCGGACCGGGUGCGCGACGUGUCGGACCCGGAAGGUUAAGUGUGAUGAGACGCAUCCCACCUGCAUCCGAUGUAUCAACGCCCAAAUGCAAUGUGAGUGGUUUCAAAAGUCUCCGAGGAAAGCCGCCAGGUCGAAACCAGCCUCGACGGCGUUGAGGGGUCUAGGCCUACCGCGCACCUAUCAGCCACUCCGACCACGAAACAUAGGUCCGGGUGUGCAUCUUACUUUCCUGCCGUUGCCAAACUACCGCUUGCUAUCGUCCAGCGAACGGGAGUACUUCGCGUUCUUUCCCCACACCUCCAUGGUGCGAUGGCUUGGGAAGCCAUGGCAAUGGGCCUCCCUUCAUUAUGUGUAUAGCCAUAUCGCCCCGCAUUCAUCCGUCGUGACGAAGAUGAUUCUGGCAAUCUCUGCUACGGAGCUGGAAGGGAUUCGCCACAUGGAGCGACUUAGAAGCGACCAGCGAGCCUCACACGACCAAUGGCCAGGUGAAGCUGGUACGGCACACUAUCAGAGGGCUCUACGCGAUUUUCAGCUCAUUCUUAGUAAGAGCCAGGGGUCACUAUCUCCUCAGGAAGUUGAUGAAAUCUCGACAGCAUUUUUCCUUAUGGUGACCUACGAAUAUAUGUUUGGUCAGGAUAGCGCGGCCGUAGAGGUGCAUAUUCAAGGCAUCUACACUUUCCUCAGGGCUCAUGAUUUAGUUCCGAAGCUUGGCGAGCCUCGCCAAUGUGCUAGACUACCGGUACUGACGCAACAGCUAUUGCUUUUUGUAAUGUAUGCGAACCUGACAAUAUGCAAGUACGGCCAUCUCCGCCAAUUAUGGGAGGAGGCUGGCCAUGAAUCUUCCUUUGUCUCUACUAUGGAUGAGCUCUUUUAUAACAGCCGCGCGUUACAGCAUGCAAUCUGGCCGUUCGAAUACCCGACCGAGGCAUCGUUGGAUGACAUUUCGGUCUUUCGUCCGUUGGAGCUGACUAACGAAUGCAAGAAACUGAAAUAUAAACUAUUGCGCAUGCCUCAAAAGAUACAAGUAAAGUCCGAAGGUGAUCUCUUGCACUGCCUAGAGCAAGACCUGCAUGGCAUUGGAAAGCGAUACCAAGAUCUGAUUACCCUCAGCCAGCGGCCGCACUCGGACUUGCGAAAUAGGCAAUUGCAAACGAUAUAUUUUGCAGUUGCAGAGUAUCAUGCGACGACAAUCUUUUACUGCUACCGGCGGAGCUUGCUUGGCUGUAUGAGACCUCCGUCCGUGUCCUCUCACGACGCAGAAACUGUCCUUUCCAUGCCGAACAAUCAAGAAAAGCCGGCGACUUCCGAAAAGGAAGUGGAGGUCGCCUUGAGCCAUGCUGCGGACCUCCAUCGUGUUUCCGUCGGAUAUGGGGAGCAAUUGCCGGACCCAUCAACAUCGACCACAAAUAAGUCCUUGCUGAGAAAGAUCGAUUGGCGUCUGUUGCCAAUUAUGAUGAUAUCAUACAUGCUGCAGUUUCUUGACAAGCAAAGUUUGUCCCAAUCCGCCAUUAUGGGUAUCGUAGAAGACCUGGGAUUGAACGGCAAUGAAUACUCUUGGUCAGGCUCGAUAUUCUACUUCUCAUACCUUGUGUUUUCUUAUCCUGCCUCCAUGCUCAUGGUGCGGCUGCCGAUUGCUAAGUUUCUCGCCACGACACUCGUUCUUUGGGGCGUCGUGCUUGCAUGCCACGCUGCUACGCAGGACUUUACAGGACUUAUGGUUACGCGCUUCUUUCUGGGUCUCACUGAGGCCGCCAUCUCUCCCGGCUUCAGCCUGAUCACUGGCAUGUGGUAUACCAGGUCGGAGCAGCCCUUUCGCCAUGGUGUAUGGUUCGCUGGUAACUCUAUCGCGACGGCAUUUGGGGGGCUGGUAGCCUAUGGAGUCGCUCAUAUUGUCGGCUCUAUCCCCGCCUGGAAGUGGCUAUUUAUUAUUUAUGGACUGAUCACCGUUGUGUGGUCAAUUGUUUUCGUGGUAUUCAUGCCAGACUCGCCGUUAUCCGCCCGAUUCCUCUCCCAACCCGAACGCACCGAGGCGGAAGAACGAGUUAAAGUCAACCAAACAACUAUCAAACACGACAAGAUUGAGUGGCACCAGGUAUGGGAGGCCUUGACGGACUACAAGAUUUAUAUCUUGUUCUUGUUCCAGCUAGCCAACAAUAUCCCUAACGGCGGUUUGACCAUGUUCUCCUCAUUGGUAGUGAAAGGCUUCGGGUUCUCAACGUUACAAGUCUACCUUUUGUCAAUACCCACGGGCGCUGUCCAUGCAGCCUUUGCUCUUGGAAGUACCUACCUUGCCGGCCGCUUUCCAAAUAUCCGUUGCAUGCUACUGGCUGGUUGCACAACGAUUGCUCUCGUUGGAAGUAUUCUGGUUUACGCCUGUGAAAGCACAGGACUCCGCCUAUUCGGUCUCUACCUGUUUGUUGCCUAUGCGGCGGGUAUUCCGAUGACUCUCUCCAUGGUCUCAUCCAAUGUUGCUGGCUUUACUAAAAAGGCGACUGUCAGCGCGAUGAUGUUCAUCGCUUACUGCGCAGGAAACAUCAUCGGUCCAUUCUUAUUCUUCGCGCGUGAAGCUCCAGUCUACAAGAGCGGUUUUAUCGCCAUGAUGGUCUGUCUUGGGGUAGCAACUGUUCUGAUCCUAGCACUAGGGUUAUGUUGGCGGUUGGAAAACUCCCGGAGAGAUCAGGUAUACGGGCCCGCCGCGUUGGUGCCUACAAAUAGACCCAAGGAACUAGGGCAAGGGACAUCUGGGACGACGGAGGAUCUAACCGAUGUUCAGAAUACGGCGUUCAGAUAUGUCUUCUAA